AGUAAGUAUCGAGUUAGCACCCUCUAUUAGAACUAAAUCGCUUUAAGUGUAAAUACACUUUACUAUAAUGCUAUUAGUAUUGGCUGUCCCAGAUUACGAAGUGAGCCCCCUAACGAAUGAUGACCAUACUUUUUAAUUAGCGACUGUGCCGAAAGACUACAUUCUGAAUAUUACGACCGCAGUGUGUGCUGUUUACAGAAGUAUGGGACAACAGAAUGAAAACAUCUUCUCGGAGAGAUGGUUCGGAAAUAUUUCGUUUCCGUGGUGAAGUGAGAGGCAGACAAUAAAUAAACAAUGCCUCGAAGGAAGCAGCAAACACCGAAGCGAUUGAAGACUGGUAAGGAGUCAGAUGAUGACCAGGAUGAUGAUCAUAUAUCCAGCGACGAGGAGAAACUGGAAACGGACUCAACUCGUGCUUCAACACCUCAAACACCGCCAAUUGUUGAAUCACCGCUACGGAGCUUAUCACUUAUGGUUGGCGAGACUUCAUCUGCCAACUUCAAAAAAGAACUUUUUAAAGAUAAAGAACAAGUUGUGCCUACCCAAGAUAUACCGUUGGAUUUUACCGUCAAAUCACGGCGCGAUGAUGAGGCAUCAGGAAAAGGAGGUAAACUUCCAGACCCGGAACAAGUGGUUGCUUUGGAUCUGAGUCUUAAAAGAACACAUAGUGAAAGUGGCUUUUCUGAUAAAAUGAAUUCUGACUUUAUGUUCAGAUGUCGAAGUCCUUCCAGCAAAAGUCCACAGAACAGAAGUCCUGUAGAACAUAUGCUUGUGCAACGCAACCAUGAUAGUAGUUUAAAAUCAAAGGAAAGAUGCUCUCCAUCAAUUGACACUAAUCAUGAUAAAGACUCCAAAAAAACUGUUCAUCAUAACUUAAUACCGAAAGAAGCACUAGUUAAUAUUUCAAAGAUGCCCAGCGAUUACAAUGCUCUUCCACCUCAAGUUAAUUUUUACCGCACCUCUUCUGAUCAGGGAAAUUUUGUUUUGUGCACGGACUGCUAUCAAGCUUUUCCAAAUAUAGGUAUGCUAUCUAUUCACCUUAUAGCUACAGGCCACAAAAGCAUGAAGUCUGUUAACACUCAAUUGUUACAAGAGCGUGGUUAUAAUGUCAUGAUGGCACCUAAAGGGAACUUAUUCAGCACCUGCUCUUUACGCAGACGACCGAAACCACCGGGAGGUUUUCGCACACGCGAUGUAUGUACUUAUCGGUGUGCUGUUUGUGGCCGGUCAUUUUGCGACUUUUUUGAAUACACUGUUCAUCUCAGUAAAACAAAACAUGAUAUGAAGCAGCAAUUAUCAAAUAAAGGAUUCGAAGCGAGACCAAAACUUGAAACCGGUGCUUUCCAAGAGGAAAUACCGGUUGCGCAGGUCAUGAAAUGUAUCGUUUGUCGUGAAUCUUUUCCUAACCUUGAGGACUUAACCAUGCAUAUGCUACGGACACAACAUUACAACAAAGUUCCCGGCCACAAAAGUGGGUACUCUCACCGGACUGAGGAUGUAACUGCUGCAGUAAGAAGAGAUAUGGAUGAUGAUGAGGAUGAUUUAAUGGAUACAGGUGAUAGCCCAACAGGAUUGAUGAUACCGGAUAAAGUAUGUGUUAUAUCGCGUGAUUCGCCAAAUUUCCAAGUAAUAAGUCAGGUGCCAAACAUGUCAGAAAACAAUGAAAUUUUGGCCUGUCAACCGCUAAAAGCUCAAAAGCCAUUGCACAGCUCCGAAUCGAACGCAAACAGGCAACGGUCUCCGUCAGACUCAGACGCAGAGGACCGGUGCCAAUCCGAUGAUCAAUUUUGCAGUGAAAAAUACUUAAUGGAUGGCUUGAGUUGGCGGAAAGGUCGACCAUUAAGAUGCACUCGUUGUACUCACACUUUUACGAACAUUCAAAGACUCUCUGCACACAUGAAACAAUCAGGGCACUACCUUAACCAUAUUCCAGAUCAGAAACCGUCGUGGAAAACGAUGCAACAGCGGCUGACAGGCAAUGGCACGUUUACUCAUUUGAAAUUGAUGAGUACUCAGCAACAGGUUGCUAACAAGCUGUCCGUCAACUGCACUAAUAGACCCGGGCAGGAAGAUACACAGUACAAUGGUGAAAAGGUCAAAUGUAGCCCGGAUGUUGAUGAGGGUUGCCAGGAAGAUACAGAUAACAAACAUGACAGAUUAGAGCCAACAAUAAGAAGUUCCAAUAACCAUCAGGAAGUCAAAAACCAAUCGAAGAGCAUGCCUCUUCCGGAUUACUUACCGAAGGAAAACUCCAUACAGCAGCUUUACUCGUUUGUACAUAAUGAAGUACCGCCCUCUAUGAGCUCACAAGCUCAGGUCCAUGCACCUGUUAAGAAAUAUGUUGACCCCGAUGAUUUUGUUGUGAUACUUCCAACAGGGUCGAAGGUCAAUACAGACAAAAUGUCUGAGAAUCCCUUAGGAAAUCUAGCAUGUAUGGUGCAAACAGCAAAAGAGAUGAACUUUGAGAAACGUGCAUUUUCCAGUAACGUGGACAGGUGGGUGACACGAGCUGUGGAUGACAUAGAAGAUGAGGUCAGAACAAUCCCCAGUACAUUAACAGGAUUACCCAAGUGGUACUCGGCCCAACGUAUGCAUUUUCGCCGCAUGAAUCGAAGCAACUCUCAGGAGACCAUGUCUGAUAAGACGGAUAUUGAGAGCAGCCAUUCAGAGGAGAAAGAUACACCAAGUAUUAAGACUGAAUCAACGGAUGUUGACCUUGAAUCGAGCAAUAAGAUGAUUGAUGGGAGUAUGUACACCGCUAAUACCCUGAUUGAGAAACUUGUCAAUGACUCAGACGACACCGAUGCAGAGAAGGCUGAUGAAAUUGAGCAGGAUAAAACUAUUAAGCAUAGUAUCCACCCACCGCAUGAUUCAAACUGCCGUUAUAGUCCCUUGUCUGUUCUUUCACGCCGAGCGACCGGGUCAGUUGAAAAUGUUCAGGGGAAAAAUGACAUUAGUAGCCAUGAGUCUGACUAUGAAGAUGACUCAAUUAAUAAACUAUCUGUCAAAUCUGAGCCGGUAAGAAUAUGGCCUGAGCCUGGAUCGGGAGUUAUCGUACGGCGAUCCAUCGAUGUUCAAAAACCAUCCGAGCCUAUGGAAACUGAUGCAAAAGAUCAUGCAAAACAAAACUGUUCAGAUCCUCUUCCGCAAAAUUUGUCAUCUCCUGUCAGAGAAGAACUUCGCAAAACUGAAAGUCCAUUGGACAAACUUGUCACGUCUGUCAGCGAAAUUCCAAUGACGAGGGAAGAAAAUGGAAAUUACGAAAUAAGGACCACUACAACUAGUGUUAAAUCUAAAAUUAGUAUAAAAGAGGAGCAAGUUUCUAAAACUUUGACAAGGAAAAAACAUGAAAACACUGGCCCUGUUCAGUACAUCCGGCCUCAGGAUAGCAACGACCCGUUUUGUAUGUCCGACCCUCUCAGCGAGAUAGACAAGCUAGUGUCGAAUACCACUGGUGUCUCUGGUAGCAAAUCUCUAAUGCCAGUCAAAAUGGGCAAAUUCCUCAAAGAUAUUAAACCCAACGUGUCUGCAUUUAGGCCUAGUCAGCAAUACUUUAGGGAGAUGUACACACCUAGUAACAUAGCAAGUGACCCUCUGAAGGAGAUGGAUAGAAUGGUCAAUGCAACCACAUGAAUUAAGGUCAUUGUGUCAUAUGAAUAUUCUUUAAAUAAACUAAACCAACUGUUGAUUGGUCAGAAAAUUAUUUAUAAUUACUUCUAUGUAUUUAUAUUUUAUUCAUAAAUAAUUUAAAAAUGUAUGUUUAAAUGAAAAAUUAAUUAUUCCUGAAAAUCAAGAGAUAUUGGGAUUUUAAGUCUUUUUAACUAAAUUAAAAAUUAUAACCAAUUUCCCCAAAAUUAGUG